AGGGCUCGAGGUCCUCCAGCUCUGCGGGCCGCCCGGCGCGGCGGCGCUCCUCCUCGAGGUCCUCCAGCUCCGCCAGCGAGUCGUACUCGGAGGAUUCCGCCAGCUCGGACGACUUCGAGGACGAUGCCUCGGAGGAGGCCGAGGUCGAGCAGUUCGAGGAGGGGGACGACGACGAGGCGGAUCAGGCCAGCGCCGCAGCAGGCUCGGCGGGGGCGGCAGCGGCGGCGGAUGCUGCGACCGCGGUGGGCUCGGCCGUGGCGGCGGAUCUGGCGGCCGAGAGGGCGGAGGGCUCGGCGGCGGCGGGCGCGGAUGCCUCGGCGGAGGGCCCAGCUGAGGCUGUGGACGGAGCGGCCGCGGGUGCGGCUGCGGACGCGGCAGCGCACGCGGCGGCCACGAGGAUCCAGAGCGUGCAGCGCGGCAAGGCGGCCCGGAGGCAGGUGGCGGAGGCUCGCGCCGCGCGAGGGGAGGCUGCCGAGCCAGCAGCCGCGCCUGGGCCCCAGGCUGCUGCUGCCGAGGAGGACGAGGCGGCCCAGGCCGCGGCCAUCAGGAUCCAGAGCGUGCAGCGCGGCAAGGCGGCCCGGAGGCAGGUGGCGGAGGCUCGCGCCGCGCGAGGGGAGGCUGCCGAGCCAGCAGCCGCGCCUGGGCCCCAGGCUGCUGCUGCCGAGGAGGACGAGGCGGCCCAGGCCGCGGCCAUCAGGAUCCAGAGCGUGCAGCGCGGCAAGGCGGCCCGGAGGCAGGUGGCGGAGGCUCGCGCCGCGCGAGGGGAGGCUGCCGAGCCAGCAGCCGCGCCUGGGCCCCAGGCUGCUGCUGCCGAGGAGGACGAGGCGGCCCAGGCCGCGGCCAUCAGGAUCCAGAGCGUGCAGCGCGGCAAGGCGGCCCGGAGGCAGGUGGCGGAGGCUCGCGCCGCGCGAGGGGAGGCUGCCGAGCCAGCAGCCGCGCCUGGGCCCCAGGCCGCUGCUGCCGAGGAGGACGAGGCGGCCCAGGCCGCGGCCAUCAGGAUCCAGAGCAUUGCGCGCGGCAGGGCGACCCGGCGGCGCGUGGAAAUGGCCCGCGCGGAGCUCGCGGAGCUCGAGGCCGCGGAGGCCGCCGCGGAGGCGGAGGAGGCGGCGGCUGCGGCCGCGGCCACCAGGAUUCAAAGCAUGCACCGGGGCAAGGUGGCCCGCCAGCGCACGGCCGAGGUCCUUGCGGAGCUCGCCGAGCUGGAGGCUGCGGAGGCCCUCGGGGAGCUCGGCGAUGCGGCCGAGGCGCCUCCCGCCGCAGAGGAGGACGAGCUCGAGGCGGAGGGCGAGUACGAGGAGGAGGGCGAGUACGAGGACGAGGGCGAGUUCGACAAGGAUGACGAGUUCGAGGAAGAGGAAGAGGACGAGUUCGAGGAGGACGUCGAAGAUGACCUCGAGGACCAGCGCUGGGUCUGGAUGGAGGUUGACCGUGGCAUGCUUGUGUUGAUUCAAAGCAUGCACCGGGGCAAGGUGGCCCGCCAGCGCACGGCCGAGGUCCUUGCGGAGCUCGCCGAGCUGGAGGCUGCGGAGGCCCUCGGGGAGCUCGGCGAUGCGGCCGAGGCGCCUCCCGCCGCAGAGGAGGACGAGCUCGAGGCGGAGGGCGAGUACGAGGAGGAGGGCGAGUACGAGGACGAGGGCGAGUUCGACAAGGAUGACGAGUUCGAGGAAGAGGAAGAGGACGAGUUCGAGGAGGACGUCGAAGAUGACCUCGAGGACCAGCGCUGGGUCUGGAUGGAGGUUGACCGUGGCAUGCUUGUGUUGUCCUCGCCUCUUGAGCCAUCCCCGGGCCCGUUGUUCAUUCAGAUGGUGCCAGCAUUCUUUCCCAUCAGCGUGCUAUGA